GGGCCACUCGGCGGUCCGGCAGCAUCUUCGGCUGCCCAGCUUCUCCUUCUGGCUCUCCCUUCCUGGCCCUCCCCGGCCGGAUGUGCUUCUGGAUGUCAGAGUUGGGGGAGGCAGCGGGCGGCGCUGGCCUGCAGCUCUGCUGGGGGGUGCAUUUACACACACACACACACCGCGGCACAUCGCAGCAGCACAUGACUGCUGAGCGGGGCUGGGCCCCAGGAAUGCAGCUCUGCUCUGAAGUUGUCCUGGGCAGACGUGCUCAUUCCCAGGCUGCCGCUGCAGUGAGCUGCUCCCUCUGGCUCCAUCCUCCGCUCGCUCCUCCUUCGCUCUCUCCCUUCCUCCAUCUCGCCCGUUCCCUCCCCCUUCCCUCUCCCCUCGCUCGGGCUCUCUCUGGCGCCUCUGCUGCUGAAUGGCCUCACGUGGCCCGGGAACCUUUCCGGAGGCUUCUGAUUUGAUGACCGGGAGCUGAAUGGAAGAGGGCUUUGUGGGGCUCCCCCAGGCCUGCCUCCUCUGACCUUGGAUCCUUUGGAAUCCUGAGGCCUCCAUGGAGGUUGGCUCAGGACAUGUUUCUGCCUCCAGAGAGCAUCCUCACCUCUGACCAGCUGGAAUAAGAGGGGCCGGUCAGCGCUCUGGGCCCCGGGGGAGUGAGCCUGCCGCCGGCCUGCCGGGAUGUGUUACGGUCAAGCCCUCCACAGCAAUGUCGCUGAGCUGGGCCACCAAGGCACCCCGUCUUCCCCCUGGCUCUCGCGAGAACUUUGCCUUCCUCGCUGGCCCCAGGGCUCUGAACAGUGGCUAGGCUUCUCCUGGCUGGCUCCUCAGAGAUGCGCGGUGCCUUUAGGGGGACUCUAGGACGCAGCACUCCUUUUGGACUAUGACGACAUAUCGACCCAUUCAGAAUGAAGGUGUGGACAUGGGAGGUGGCGGAGGGGGGAAGGGAAGUGACCCUCUCUCAGGCCCCCUUGUUGGAGGAGAUUAUUUCCCUUCCGGAUUCUGGACGCAGAACGGCAGCUCGCCACAGCCUGCCCCCCCUGCCAGCGAGAAUGCAGCGGCCUCACGCUCCAGUGCCACAACCCCUGCGGUGCCCAAGAUGGGAGUGCGUGCCAGGGUGGCUGACUGGCCCCCGAAGCGAGAGGCUCUGAAGGACCAGGCUAACUCCAGCCCUUCCCAGGAGAUGGACAGUGGCAAAGCUGGGAGGGAGGGCCUCCUCCCCAGGUCCUCUCAGAACGGCCAGCUCCCCCCCAGCAGCUCUGGGCCUCGAGCCUUCCACCGCUUAUCCCGCAGGAGAUCCAAGGACGUUGAGUUCCAGGACGGGUGGCCGCGGUCUCCAGGCCGAGGGUUCAUUCCUCUCCGGAACCGGAGCAGCAGUGAGAUCACGCUCAGUGAGUGUGACGUGGAGGAGCCCUUUGAGCCCAGGGGGUCCCGGUACGUGGGGGGGCUGCCUCUCUUCCGAGAGUACGGCAGCACCUCCUCCAUCGACGUCCAGGGGGUCUCCGAGCAGAGCUUUUUGGACAUUCUCAAUGAGUUUCGCAGCGAGAAGCCGGAGCCGGGUGGGACGGGUUCUGAAAAGUGGAAGGAGCUGCUCGGGGCCGGCUCGGCCAUGGCCUCCCACCUGCAUCUCUCCGGAAGCUCGAGGACGGCCUUCCGCAAUGGCCAGUCCCACAAGGACGACUUCCUGCUGCUGCAGCCGAAGGAGAAGGACAAGCUCCGGAAGAAGGCGGCCAAAGGUGGGGACGCGGGCGACUCCUCCAUCUUCCGGAAGCUGCGGAGCGCCAGGGGGGACCUGGAGGCACCCGGGAAGGCGUUUGUGGAGGCCGACGACGGCGGGGGCCGGCUGCCAGAGGGCAGCAAGCCCUGGAUUUGCCAGAAGAGCUUCGCCCACUUCGAUGUGCAGAGUAUGCUGUUUGACCUGAAUGACGUCGCCGCCAACCGGCUGUCCUCUGUGGCCCAGCGGCGGAACACGACAACCGGGGCGUCGGCGGCGUCGGCCGGGGCCCCAGGGGGCCCGGACCCCUCCUUCCCGAGCACGGAGGACUUGAACUACAAGGAGAACUUGGAGCAGGACCCCGGAGACAGCAACAGUAAUGACCUGCUGCUCAGCUGCCCGCACUUCCGCAAUGAGAUCGGGGGCAUGUGCGAGCGCAAUGUCAGCUUCUCCCGGGCCUCUGCUGGCUCGCCGGGUGGCGGUGGCGAGGGCCGGGCGCCGGAGCCUACCCUGGGCACCUGCUGCACCAACGCCAGCAUCUCCGUGCUAGAGGUCCCCAGGGAGGGGCAGAGGGGUCACAGCAGGCCCAAACUCUACAACAUCGAGCACGUGGACCUUGGGGCGCGCUACUACCGGGACUACUUUGUUGGCAAAGAACACGUCAACUACUUUGGGGUGGACGAGAAGCUGGGGCCUGUUGCCGUGAGUGUCAAGCGGGAGAAGCUGGAGGACCACAAGGACCACGGCCCUCAGUAUCAGUACCGCAUCAUCUUCCGGACCAGCGAGCUCAUCACUCUUCGGGGCUCCAUCCUGGAGGAUGCCACCCCUACGGCCACCAAACAUGGGACGGGCCGAGGCCUGCCCUUGAAGGAUGCGCUGGAGUACGUUAUCCCCGAGCUCAACAUCCAUUGCCUCCGAUUGGCCAUAAACACUCCCAAAGUGACCGAGCAGCUGCUGAUGCUGGACGAACAGGGGCUGUGUCGGAAACACAAGGUGGGCAUCCUGUACUGUAAGGCGGGCCAGAGCUCAGAGGAAGAGAUGUACAAUAAUGAGGAGGCGGGCCCAGCCUUUGAGGAAUUCCUCUCGGUGCUUGGCGACAAGGUCUGUCUCAAGGGCUUCAACCGCUAUGCUGCCCAGCUGGAUGUGAAAACCGAUUCCACUGGAACACACUCUUUGUACACAACGUAUCAGGAGUACGAGCUCAUGUUUCACGUGUCCACCAUGCUUCCCUACACCCCCAACAAUCGGCAGCAGUUACUAAGGAAGAGACACAUAGGAAAUGACAUUGUGACCAUCAUCUUCCAAGAGCCUGGAGCCCUACCCUUCACCCCCCAGAAUAUCCGUUCACAUUUCCAGCAUGUCUUUAUCAUUGUCCGAGUUCACAACCCUUGCACUGAUGCUGUUUGUUACAGUGUGGCUGUGAGUCGAUCCAAAGAUGCCCCUCCAUUUGGCCCUCCCAUCCCAAAUGGAGUCACAUUCCGUAAAUCAGAUGUUUUCCGAGACUUCCUAUUGGCCAAGGUGAUAAACGCCGAGCACGCUGCCCACAAGUCUGAUAAGUUCCACACGAUGGCCACUCGGACAAGGCAGGAGUACCUCAAGGACCUGGCCGAAAACUGUGUGACCAACACUGCCAUUGACUCCACGGGGAAGUUUAACUUAAUCUCUCUGACCUCUAAGAAGAAGGAGAAGACAAAAGCUCGGGCGGGCGCCGAGCAGCACAGCACGGGGGCCAUCGCGUGGAGGGUGGCUGCCCAGGAUUUUGCACAAGGGGUGGAGAUCGAGUGUAUAUUGGGGAUUUCGAACGAGUUCAUCAUCCUCCUGGACCUACGCACCAAGGAGGUGGUAUUCAACUGCUUUUGUGGGGACGUCAUCGGCUGGACCCCAGACUCCUCCAUGCUCAAGAUCUUCUAUGGGCGAGGGGACCACAUCUCCAUACGUGCCUCAGAAGGGUUCCCUGAGGACAUUAGGGAAAUUGUCCAGAGACUCAAGGUUAUGACCAGUGGCUGUGAAACAGUGGACAUGACCCUGAGGCGGAACGGGCUGGGCCAGCUGGGCUUCCAUGUCAAGUACGACGGCACCGUCGCCGAGGUGGAGGACUACGGCUUCGCCUGGCAGGCGGGCCUCCGACAGGGCAGCCGGCUGGUGGAGAUCUGCAAGGUGGCUGUGGUCACCCUCACCCACGACCAGAUGAUUGACCUGCUACGGACCUCAGUCACUGUGAAGGUGGUCAUCAUCCCUCCCUUCGAGGAUGGGACUCCUCGGAGGGGAUGGCCAGAGACCUGUGACAUGAAUACCUCGGAGCCUAAGGCCGAGCCGGAGAGCACGGCGGCCCGGCCCCCGUAUCGGAGCAGCUCUGCCUGGCAGUGGAGCGGGCCUGCUUCCCACAACUCCUUGCAGGCCUCCAAGUGGGCGGCCCCUGGCACCACGGGCCAUGCCCAGUCACUCAAUCGGCCGCCGAAGCCCACCCCGGGGGUCCCAUACCGGGAAACCCAGCCGCUGCACGGCAAACGGCCCGUCAGCUUUCCAGAAACUCCCUAUGCAGCCUCACCAGCAGGGGUGGACAGAGUCCAGCCUUACCGACAACCUUCGGGGAGCUUCUCCGCUCCAGGCUCGGGGGGAGCCUCCGCCUACUGCCGCUACAAGCCAUCCCCAGAGAGAUAUGCAGCCUCUCAGCAUCCUCUGCUGCCGCUGGAACCCCACUACGGCCACGAGGGGCUGUCCAGCGGCGACUCCUCCUCAGGCGGCCUGACCAGCCAGGAGAGCACCAUGGAGCGGCAGAAGCCAGAGCCCCUGUGGCACGUGCCGUCCCAGUCCCGCCUCUCGGCCAUGGGUGGAAACAGCGGGAGCCGACACGUCAGCAGACAAGACAUGGCAGGCAAAGAUUCCCCCAACAGGCAUUCCAGAGGCGAGCCUCAGUACUCGAGCCAUUCCAGCAGCAACACGCUGUCCAGCAACGCGUCCAGCAGCCACAGCGACGAGCGCUGGUUUGACGGCCUGGACGCCCUGGAGGCCGAGCAGGACCCCCUGUCCAAGGGCGGCUCGAGCGACAGCGGCAUCGAGACCACCGUCUGCACCGCCAGCCCCGGCGGCCUGCCCCCGGCCAAGACGUCGCGGCCUCCCAAACUGCAGAAGCCCGCCUACGGCGGCCACGAGGCCGGGGGGCGGCUCGGGGACAAGCGCCGGGAGGCUCCGCCGGCCGGAGGUCAGGCCAAAGGCUACCGGCCCAAACUGUACUCGGCCAGCUCGGGCACCCCCUCAGGGCCCACCGGGAGCAGCCACGAGCUGCUGAAGCAGCCCAGUAACGUGAGCUCCCGAGCCGCCUACCCCGCUCAGGUUUACAGAACGCCAGCCUUGGAGAACCCCAGGGCCCCCCAGCUGUCUGCCUCGGUCCCCAAGUCCUUCUUCUCCAAACAGCCUGUCCGGAACAAGUACCCCACGGGAUGGAAGAGAGCGGAGGAGCCCCCCCCACCCAGGCCGCUGGCCUUCUCUGACCCCAAGAAGCAAAUCGACAUGAACACGAAGAAUGUGUUUGGGCAGCCCCGGCUCAGAGCGUCCCUGCGGGACCUCCGCUCGCCCCGGAAGAACUACAAGUCGACCAUCGAGGACGACCUCAAGAAGCUCAUCAUCAUGGACCCCCUGACCCCGGAGCAGGAGCGGGACUCCUCGUCCCCUCAGAAGGCCCUGCAGAGGACCCUGUCCGACGAAAGCCUGUGCAGCGGCCGGCGGGAGGCCGCGUACGCCAGCCCGGCCUGCUUUGAGCCCGGCCUGCCCAGCGACGUCCUCUUCACGAGCACCUACCCUUCGAGCACCCUGCCCUCCCGCCGACAGCACCAGCACCCGCACCCGGCCGGCGGCAACGGCUUCCCCGAGAAGAAAGCCACCAUCUCCGCCUCGGAGCUCUCCUUAACGGACGUGCGGGACCGACCGAUGAGGCGCCUGGACCCCGGGAUGAUGCCCCUGCCCGACACCGCCGCCGGCCUCGAGUGGUCCAGCCUGGUCAAUGCCGCCAAGGCCUACGAAGUGCAGCGAGCCGUCUCCCUCUUCUCUCUCAAUGACCCGGCCCUGAGCCCCAGCAUUGCACCAGCACACAGCCCCGGCCAUUCGAGCCUGGAGCGGCCACCCGCCACCCCCCGGACCACCCCCACCAUGAGUGAGGAGCCCCCCGUGGACCUGCCUGGCAAGGUGUACCAGCUAGAAGUGAUGCUGAGGCAGCUGCACAGUGACCUUCAGAAGGAGAAACAGGACAAGGCGGUCCUGCAGACCGAGGUGGCCACCUUAAGGCAGAACAACCAGCGGCUGCAGGAGGAGUCGCAGGCGGCCAACGAGCAGCUGCGAAGGUUCGCCGAGAUCUUCUCCAGCACGGUGGAGAAGAAGGAGCCCUGACGGCCCCGACACUCCCUUCCCGCCCCCUGCCCCCUCGGCCGGGCUGCUCCAGCCAUAGCCGGCUCGCCGUGGCCAGGUACGCCGGAGGCCGGCGGGUGCCCAGGGCCGCCUCCGAGCCCCCUCCCAGGCCUCCCCCGGCCGGCCUGCGCAGGGCCGCUUUGGGUGCUCAGGGAGCAGCCGCCCCUCGGCCGAGCCUGCCCCUGCAGGGCACGGUGCCCGCGCCAGUGUCUCCUCGCCCUCGUGACACCUUGACCCGCCGGCCGGCCCCUGGGGUGGGGAGCUCCAAUGCAAUACAGAAAGCCUCGGAGCACUUUUUUCAAGCGAAAGUACUUUCUAGUAAACCCAAGAUGGAGAAAUGCCGAUGUUCAGAGUGUAAAUGUUCUUUAUUGAGACAGAGAGAAACACUAUAUUUGUAUAAAUAGGACGGUUUGUAACCUUUUUCUACGAGACUCGUCCGGCCGCUGCGGGCGGCUUCCUGGGCCCGGCGGUCCUGGAGCCAGAGCGGCCGCCCCGGGCCCUCGGGCUCUGCCAAACUACUGAAUCCAGAGCCUGCCCCCGCCCCGCCUCCUCGCCCUCCCUCGCCACUUGUUUUGGUGGGGGGGCGCUUUCGGGGGCUUUUCCUUUCCUCCAUCUUUUUCCUUUGAAAGACCCCCAGCCUCGCUGGGCUCUGGUCGAGGCUUCAGGCCUGCUCACGUAGGACACACUGUGGAGGAAGCGCCCUCGGCGCGGCCGCCUGCAGCUUCUCUAAGGCAAUAAGGAACGGUGGGCCUGGCGGCCUGCUUGCCCACCCAGCCCUGCAGCUACACGCGGUACUAUGCUGGGAGCUUAGGGAAAGAGCAGCUGUUUUUUCUUUAAAAAAAAGUAUAAAUAUAAUAUAUAUUUAUUUUUUCAUGCAAAGCCACCACAGAACAAGUCACUAUUAAUCCUCUGUGGCUCUAUCUCCAGCCUCGCGCCCAGGACACACACUAGAAGCCCAAGUUUGCUCCCCCCCCCCCCGGGCCCCCCGGGCCCCCUAGCCUGCCCCGGACCCCCGAGGCCCGAGGAAGACCGCAGAGCGGGGCGGCCACACUUCAUGUCUUCCACAGCCCAGAGUCAAAGAAAGGCACCCUGGGGGCUGCACUCGGGCCGCUGCCAGGCUGGGAUUUGUCCAAAGAAUCCUCCGCUCCCCUCCGGAAUGCCGGAAUGGGGCUGGGAGCGGGGUGCAGGGGAGGGGCCCCCCUUUGUGGGGCAGGAGGGGAAGGAGAAAGGGUGUUCCCUAAUGGCAUCUUCCUCCCACGUAACGAGGCCCCUUCACUUUCAGUGCCAGCUCAGUCCUGAUAUUUAGGGGAUAAAAUGUUUGAGAUGGGGACCGGAUCCAUAAAUCUACCUGCUGCCCUGGCCUCGGUGGGUGCCGCAGCUGCCCGGGGAGGGGUGGCCUUACUGUGAUGUCCCCUCCGGGGUCUCCCGCCCUCCCUGUGCUUUGUCUCCUCCUCUUCCUCCUGUCUAGGGAUCAUUCCGAUCAUUCUGGGGCGAUUGUGUAUGUGGACCAAGUGUACAUGACGGCCGCUGCCGCUUUUUGUUCUCGUUUUGUAAGCAUCUCUGCAGAUCAAAUCUGUCUAUUUAAUUUUGACCCAGCAUUCUUAGCACCUUUCCCUGUGUCGUCUUUUCGGUUUGGGGGGGCGGGUACACCCUUUUUUGUCACUGUUCCCCCCCCAUCUUGAGAUUAGGGGUCUUAUUUCUGGAAGUUUCAGAGGAAAUAAACGUUUCAUAGAAA